UAGUGGUGGCAGCGGGCUCGACAGUGGCGACUCUAACGUCGACCGCGGUAGCUGUGCGAGGGUAGCGGUGUGUGCAACCCACGGCCCGGUGCUGAUACACUAUCGGGGGUGAGCGAAAUCUCGCUCGAGAGCGAGUCCGCGCGCAUCACCGUACCUCUCUUUCGGUUGGCAAAAUUGUUUCGAGUAUCGUUAUCGCGUUGAAAGUAAAACACCGGAUAAGUUCUGGCAAAGAAUAAACGAUACAAUCGGAAAAAGUUUUGAAAGUCGCAGAGGCCACGGGCCCGUGGAAAGGGCAUCGAAUCGGAAGAACGAAGGAAUCAAAAGAAAGACGGAAAAACGUGCCGCGGUAUAUCGCAUUCGAAUCGCGAGUGUUGUCGAUUUCGUUUCGAGAGUGAUUCUCGCGUGUUGCAUCCCGGGGAAUUGCGUGCUGCGGUGCUCCCCCAGGGGUAAAAGUGAUUGAAAGUGCGCGUUUCGAGUCCGUAUAUUCUCGGUCCAGCUUCCGUCGCGAUACAUCAAAUUGGCAGUUUCCAUUUCGAGACAACGUAUCCGAUUUCCCGUAUCUCGUUUCAUUUGUCGCGUGUGUAGAUUUCGUUUUUGCCCGGCUUGUGCACGAAAAUUUUACGCGAAGAAAAUGCGUGAGAUGUGCGCCAAGGACACGCGGGACGAAGGUACGUGUAGACAGUCUCCGUGAACGAGGAGGAGAUCGUCGAUGUGGACGACGGUGCUUGGCGAUCGGUUGCUAUGAUCGAGCCGCGGAUAGUUGACGUGGAACGAUCAUGAUUUACCUUAGACUGCACGUUGGGAGGAGUCUACGGUGCAACACGAACGCAAGGCAUUGGAACGUGUUCAUCGUACCGCUCUUCCCACUCUGGAUUAUUGGCGCUUUCUGUGUAAAAGACAUUCCUAUAUCGCACAUCGUGGCACUGGUCGGAGAUCCCACGUAUCUUCCCUGCGACAUAUCAACCACCCACGAAGGGGACUCGGUGCAUCUUGUGCUCUGGUAUCGCGAGGAUCUCGGUACAUCGGUUUACAGCGUCGAUGUCAGAAAUCGAGACUUUGGGAUCGCAGCACGAUGGUCGGACGACUCGGUGUUUUCGAACCGGGCGUAUUUCAUGCCAGACAAGCAGCCAGCCGAGCUCGGCGUCGACCACAUUAGAGAGGAAGACGCAGGCAUCUACAGGUGUCGCGUCGAUUUCCAGAUGGGCCAGACGCGCAACUCCAAAGUCAAUUUAACGGUGAUAGUUCCGCCGCACAAAAUUGUGAUCGUCGAUGACUCCGAGAUCGCACGGAAUUCGAUGGUGGGUCCCUACAUGGAGGGCGACACUUUGCGGCUCUAUUGCGACGUGUACGGCGGUAAGCCGACUCCGACGGUCUCCUGGCACUGCAACGACAAGCUCGUCAGCAACAAAACAGUGUCCGUGCGAAGCGGCGUGACGCGCAGCGAGCUCGUUAUGAAAAAUUUAGGACGGGACGACGUCCGCUCGACGCUCACCUGCAACGCGACGAAUAACAAUAGGUCGAUCCCGCUCUCUUCGUCCGUUUACGUGGACAUGAAUUUCAGCCCGCUGGACGUCAAGAUAAUCGGGGCGAACCAGCCGCUGUCGGCGGGCAAGAGUUACGAGCUGAUGUGCACGACAUCCGGUUCCAGACCGGCGGCUACGGUGACCUGGUGGAGAAACGGCCAACGUUUGGAGGAGUCGAAGAAGACCACUUCGAGCGAUGGGAACACGACCACCAGUAUCUUGUCUUUCAUGGCGACCAAGGCAGAUGCUGGCAGACACUUGUCGUGUCGGGCUGAAAAUCCAAUCAUGGGAACCAAGCCGAUAGAGGACGGCUGGAUGCUCGAGAUACAGUACACGCCGGAAACCACGAUACAGCUGGGCACGUCUCUGAAUCCUAACGCGAUACGCGAGGGCACCGACGUCUACUUCGACUGUCUAAUCCACGCCAAGCCGUCGGUUUACAAGGUGGAAUGGCGCCACUUGGGCAAAACGCUUCAUCACAACAUCACACAGGGUAUCAUAAUCAGCAAUCAAAGCCUGGUACUGCAAGGCGUCGAUCGUAAAAGCGCAGGCAAUUACACCUGCGUCGGAUACAACACGGAAGGAGACGGCGAAAGUUCACCGUUUUACUUGAACGUAAUGUUCGCGCCCACCUGCAAGCCGGAACAGACGAAAGUGUACGGGGUGGCGAAGCAAGAGAAGGCAAACAUAUCCUGCCAAGUGGACGCGAACCCAUCGGAGGUGCAGUUCCGCUGGACCUUCAACAAUUCCGCCGAGAGUAUCGACGUGGCAGGGAAACUUAUCGCCCAAGCCGGCACGUCCUCGAUCGUCUCAUAUAUACCCAUGACCGAAUUGGAUUACGGCACGUUGCUCUGCUGGGCGACCAAUCCAAUUGGACAUCAACAAGUGCCCUGCGUCUAUCACAUCAUACCGGCCGGUCGACCGGACAUGGUUCACAACUGCACCACCUCGAACACAUCGACCAACUCUUUCUCCGUGCGGUGCGCCGAGGGUUUCAACGGCGGACUGCCACAGUCGUUUCUUCUAGAAGUGAGGGAGAGCAACAGCCAAGAACUCCGGGCCAACAUCACGUCUCCGGUCCCCAGAUUCAGCGUCGCUCACUUGGAAGCUGGGGCCCUCUACCAGGCCUGCAUCUACGCUUACAACGACAAAGGACGCAGCGAGGCGAUGGUCGUGCAAGCUGGAACUCUCAGGCUGCCCGAGAAGCAAUUAACGUCCGAGUCAGAGAGGCCGCGGCCGAAUAUUCGAUUGAUGCCAAUGUUGAGCGUGAUGAUUGGCGUGGUGAGCGCGCUGAUCAUCGUCGCGGUGAUAGUGAUGGUCGUGCUUCGAAUUCAGCACUCGCAGGUGGACGAACAGAGCAAGUCGCAGAUAGAGGACCACGGCAAACAAACGAAACCGGUCCCCAUCCAGAGGGAACUGAGGUUUCGCGAGGGUAGCAGUCUGCUCUCGGAUGAGAAGCAUCCCGCCAGCCCCUUCAGGAAGCUGGAAAGCACCGGUGACAUAAGCGAAAACGACGAGAAAAAUCCGGACAUCAUACCUCAGCAAAUCACUGCAGGCGACGAACCGUCCGAGUAUUUGAGGAAGCGCCGCCUAGUCUCGACGAUCGAAACAUCGCCGUCGAGAAGUUUGUUGGAGCACUCGACAGUCACCUCCGUCAGCGGCCACGGCAGUUACGUUGGCUACUGCACGAUUCGCAACGGCAUGCCAUUGCACGAAUUCUCCAAUUUAACGACGAAACAUAAAAGCUUUCAGCCAAUAGUCGGAGACGUGUACGAGACGGGUGUUUGCACUUUACCGAGGCAACACUGGCCAAGCCAGAGUAUGCAAUCGAUGUCGAUGACGAUGAGCCCGCCGAUGCUGUACGGAGGCCUGGGUGUCGUCGGCAGAGCUUGUCCCAGCGGUAACUUGCUCGCAAAGGACGUGGAGGCGAGGAUCCCCGGUCAAUGCUGCAUCCAGUCGCAGAAAGACGGAAAGAUGACCACGCCGAUCGUAAUGGCCAAGAGGGAAAGUUCCGUGUGAC